UAAGUAUUAUAAUUUGUUAAAUUGUUAACAUAUACCUGAAGUAUAUCGAAUUACCUAGGUUUGGUUUUUAGAAUAUUCCUUAAUACUUCACGAUCGUCACAUUUUAAUAAUAAUAAUAUAGGGUCGAACGAUGCAUCUAUUCGAUGUAGGUCGUUGGUACCAUAAAAUAAUAUGUGAUUAUUAUUUAUUCUUAUGCUUAAGGUAAGCGUGAGUGAGAAAUCAUUAAACGCAAGUGUUCGAGUUAAUUUAGAUCCGGCAGCUAGUAGUAUUGACAUUGAACAGUUUCAAAAAGUGAUAGAAAUAAAUCUGCAAUUAGAAAAUAGAUUGACCGAGUUGGAAGAAAUGAUUCGACGCCGUGAUGAAAAACAAAAGAUUCAAGAUCUAAAAAGCGAAUUUUCCCUAUCCACGGUGCAAGAUUUAAACAACGAGGUAGACAACAAAUUGUCAAAUUUGAAACAAUCGUUGAUGGAAAAAAUUGACGAUGAAUUCAUGACCAUCGGCCGUGACGUUAAAAGUGUCAAACACUGUUAUGGAAUGUUGAAUACCAGUUUACACGAGAUGGAAAAUAAAUUGAUUUCAUUAGAAAGUAACUCGGAGAAGCCGAUACGCAAAUAUAACAAUAUUAAGACUAGGAUUGCAACCCUAGAAAGAGAUGUAAUGAAAAACACAUCACACAUCAUCGGGAUGAACUAUUCGCAUCGUCCGUUGGAAUGGACUGGACCACAAUCCUUCGGGUCCGCUGGAAUGCUUUCUUCCGAUAACCGCUGUUACGGCGAACCAGCUGCAGCAUUCGCUACAGCUCCAUCUUUCUAUGAUAUGCCACCAAUGGCAAAACCCGGGCAGAGUGUAGCAGUUUUGCCUCCAUCGCCACCUGCACCCCCGGCGCCAAGUGCAUUUGUGCCUCCGCCGCCACCUGCACCCCCGUCGACUAGUAUAAUUUGUCAACCACUGCCACCCGCACCCCCGGCGCCGUUGUCUCUGAAUGCUCCGAAGAAAUCGGAUUUAGACAAAUCCCAAGGAAUUCCGAGGAUCCUAAUAACCACCGAGAUACUAAAAUCUGUUGUACUCAAGCCACCUGGCGAGAGGAAGAGAAUUAGCAAAUCCGUGACGAUAUAAUCGCUGCGGUAUUUUUGAAAAUUAUGUGCCUACCGCAUACCAAAAAUAUAUAUGUAAUUGUUGUUAACAAAUAUAUAAUUCAUAGAAGUUGUCAAUCAUGGUAUCAUUGUUAACAAAAUAAAAAACGGGUAAUUGUGUGUCACUCUACUGUACAGAAGGUUA